AAAAAGAUUUGAUCUUUAACCAAAUAAUAUUUCAAUGGCUAGUUCUUGUUUCAAUCCGUUUAGGCUGCGAAGGUCGAAGAGCAAUCAAUUAUCAGUUCCACCAUCAUCAUCAAGAAGACAGUGGAAUUCAGCAAAUAACGACACAAUGGAGAAGAAGAGAUUUGAUAGUUUAGACUCAUGGUCAAUGAUAUUGGAAUCUGAUAAUGUUGAGACAUGGGAAACUUCAAAGGAGGAUCAAAAAGAAGACUGGACAGCUGAUUUAUCUCAGCUUUUUAUUGGUAAUAAAUUUGCAUCAGGUGCACAUAGCAGAAUUUAUAGAGGAAUUUACAAGCAAAGAGCAGUUGCUGUGAAAAUGGUGAGGAUUCCAACUCAUAAGGAGGAGACUAGAGCUAAGCUUGAACAACAGUUCAAGUCUGAAGUUGCUCUGCUUUCUAGACUCUAUCAUCCCAAUAUAGUUCAGUUCAUCGCCGCGUGUAAGAAACCUCCUGUAUAUUGUAUCAUCACAGAGUACAUGUCACAAGGAACUCUAAGGAUGUACCUCAACAAGAAAGAGCCAUAUUCACUCUCAACAGAAACUGUUCUUAGGUUGGCCCUCGACAUAUCGCGAGGAAUGGAGUAUCUUCAUUCCCAAGGAGUGAUCCAUAGAGACCUGAAAUCGAGUAAUUUACUCUUAAACGAUGAGAUGCGUGUUAAGGUCGCUGAUUUUGGCACGUCGUGUCUUGAAACACAGUGCAGAGAGGCGAAAGGCAAUAUGGGAACUUAUCGAUGGAUGGCACCGGAGAUGAUAAAGGAGAAACCGUAUACGCGGAAAGUUGAUGUUUACAGUUUUGGGAUUGUGCUGUGGGAACUCACAACAGCUUUGUUACCAUUUCAAGGAAUGACACCAGUGCAGGCUGCUUUUGCUGUUGCUGAAAAGAAUGAACGACCACUCAUGCCAGCGAGUUGUCAACCCGCACUUGCACAACUCAUAAAGCGUUGUUGGGCCGCUAACCCUUCAAAGAGGCCAGAUUUCACGUACAUUGUAUCUGCUCUAGAAAAGUACGACGAGUGUGUCAAGGAAGGGCUUCCGAUGACCCUUCAUUCAGGGCUAGUUAGUCGGAACGCCAUUAUUGAACGCUUGAAAGGCUGUGUAUCCAUGAGUUCUUCAUCUAUAUCUGUAAAUGUCUGAAUCUUUAUCAAUCAUUAAUAAUUCUUAGUCAUUAUAUAGUAUCAUCUAGUUAUUCAACAGGUAAUAGGUAAAUUACUAGUUACUUGCAUAUAUGUUCAGUUCUGCUCUUGUUUAUAUGAUGUAACAUAACAUGUGUUGAGGAAAUUUGAUAAACAUUAUUGUGAAUGGA